AUGAGCUACCACCACCAACCUGGCCAGCCACAGCUAGGGGCGACAUUCGUCCCUGGUGGCUUUGAUGACUAUUAUAUGCCGGCUCCUUCGCCUGAAGUCAUUUCGCCAGCGCCUCAACGGUUCUCCUCCCGGGAUAGGAUAAUGCCCGAGGUGCCUGAGAACAUGCAAGACAACCUCCAGUACAUGGAGCUCGAGGCAAACGCCCCUCGCGCAAACACCAUGGCAUCGCCUGGGUAUGACUACAAUCAGACACAGGGAAACCUCCUUCCCCGGCAACAGACCUUCCAGGACGGGGGUGCGCCGGCGAACGGAGAGCAAUGGCCGGCGCGACAUGCAAGCAUCUCAUCGACCUUUCGCGGGCCUCCCAACGUGCAGCCCCUGAACGAGUACCAGCAGCCCUCCCACGACUACAACCAGUUCGCGCAGACCGGCGAUGCGCCCAAUUUCUCGCCGUUCCCCAAGAUCCCCCACCGCCCCCAAAACGUACCGCCGUCCGAUGAUGAGAAGGAAGCCACCCUCGAGAAUGCGCGACUGCCCGUUCUCAAUUCAAACGACCCUGAGAUGCAGCUGGCAUGGGCACAAGACGCUUUGGGAUACGUAGACGCUGCGCAGUUGCAUGAGCUGCGCGUUGCUGAAACUCAAGGAGCCAGGCCAUCAACGCCUCAGAUUGAGCAUCAGCUGCGCGCAGAUGCGAUGAACGUGGUGCAGUUCUUAGCAGACCAGCACCACCCCAAGGCUAUGUUCAUGCGAGGAAUGUGGCUCGAGUUCGGCAAAUUCGGAAUGCGCGCAGACAAGAAGGAGGCUUUCAGAUGUUACUCUCGCGCAGCCAGUAAGGGUUAUGCGAGGGCUGAGUAUCGAAUGGGUAUGCAAUUCGAGCAGUCGAAUGAUCCUAUCCGCGCUCUCCAACACUACAAGAACGGCGCAGAUCAGGGCGACUCUGCAUCGAACUAUCGCCUGGGUAUGAUGACCUUGCUUGGGCAACAUGGGCAACAACAAGAUUACGGCAGAGGUAUUCAACUGAUCCAAAUUGCUGCAUCUUCAGCAGACGAAAAUGCACCCCAGGGCGCCUAUGUCCUGGGCAUGCUCCAGUCGCGAGAACUUCCCCAAAUCCUUGUCCCUGAAUCGUUCUUGCCAUACGAUGAGAAGGCCGCAAGGCAGAACAUUGAGAAGGCGGCGUUUCUUGGUUUCGCGAAGGCUCAACUCAAGAUGGGAUCCGCAUACGAGCUGUGCAGCUUGGGUUGCGAGUUCAACCCUACGUUGUCGUUGCACUACAAUGCGCUAGCUUCGCGUCAAGGCGAACCAGAAGCAGACAUGGCCAUUAGUAAAUGGUUUCUUUGCGGUCACGAGGGCGAGUUUUCAAAGAACGAAGAGCUCGCAUACAUCUACGCACAACGUGCCGCAGCCACCGGGCUUGCAACCGCCGAGUUCGCCAUGGGUUACUUCAACGAGAUCGGCAUGCACGUAAACGUGGAUUUGCAAAAGGCAAUGGAGUGGUACGAGAAGGCUGAGCGGAACGGUAACAGGGACGCCAUUGCACGCAUUGAAAGUCUGUCAGUAUCACGGACGCUGUCGAAGAAAGACCACGAGAAUGUUGCGAUCAACAGGAUCAAGUCUCAGCAUGGGUCUAUGCGGGGGAAACGACCCGCACGGCUGCAAAAGCCUGCUGCACCUACUCUGCCAUCUAUCAACGACAACAGCCCUUCAGACUACGGGAACAGGGGCGAUUCCACAACGCCAUACCCCGUAUCUGACCAGCCACCGGUCAUCAACACGCACCCCAGUGCAGCACCAUACGGACGGUCCGCAUCAACUGCGCCAUACCCAGUUGACAACGGUCCACCGCGUAUUGGAUCCGCCCGUCCUAUGGCAGGUGGAUUCGCGCCAGAAAUACGGGCGGCUAGUGUCCGACCUACAUCCUCAGGCAACGCGUUUAACAUCAACCCCAAUCUCUAUCCUGCUAACAAUGGAUAUGGACGCGGUCGACCUCCACUUGGAGCCGAGUCGCAUACUAGCCCACUCCCUAUUCGUCCCCAUACAAGUGUGAACGAGAUAGGACCAGGUGGCAGAGGCAUGCGCCCUGUUCAAGGCGCCGGUCGUGGAUUGCCAGUGGGAGGUCCUGGAGGGUACAGACAACCCGGGGGCCCAAGCGCACAACGUCCAGAGAUGGAUCGCCCUCAGACAGCUCAGCCAGUGGACAUCGGAUACAACGCGCCAGAUGGGCGUAAUAAGCUUCAAAAGCCUGGUCAGGGCAUGAAGAAGUCGCCUACUAUUCCAGACAUUGGCUACGUCGCUCCUUUGGAGCCGCGGCAGCACACAAGACCCUCCACCGUACAGCCCGGCCAAGAGAGCAGGACGAACUCCAUUCGUGGUGACAGACCUCCCAAUGGCACGCCCGGGCAAGGGUCGCAUCCAUCAUCGAGGCCAGGAUCAGCGGGUCGACCUUCCGGCCAAGAGCCACUGCCUAAGCCGCAGAGGGUACCAACACAGCAGCAAAGACCACGUCCACAAGCAGCGCCUGCGUCUGCCCCUGCAGCGAACAAACCUCCAGCUGCAGCGCCUGCGACCAAGCCCGCCGUCGCCUCACCAUCCGGCAAUGGACCAAAGACAUUCGAUGAGAUGGGCGUUGGGCAGGCGCCCCAGGAAAAGGAUUGUGUAAGUGGCCCUUUGAUAUCUUCUCAGCCUUCACUAAUUCCAGCAGGUGGUCAUGUAAUCCGAACUAUGGUGCCAUUUAAUUUCCAACGCGUGGCUUUUCGUAGAGCAUUUUGCAUCUUUAUUUAG